AUGUUUAGAUUAAAGAAAAGUGAAAAUCUUGCACGAUUUUUGUAUCAGAAAACUCUGCAUAAUAUGGCUUAUUCAAUAGGCUAUGAUCCUUGUUCCCAUUUGACCAAGGUUUAUGCUACUAAUGUUUUUGGGGUUAGUAGAAGAAUUGGAUUUGGAAGAAAAGGUUGUGGCUUUCACAGUGGUAGUAGUAAUUGUAGUAGAUUCUUUGUGAGGGCUAAUGCCAGGUCUCGCGGCUUUGCGUCUGAUGUGGAGAAAGGGAGUUCUGUUGGUGGUGAUGCUACUCUUGUUAAGGUUGAUGAUGGAGGACUAAAUGGAAGUCCGGCUACACCUCGUUGUUUUCGGGAUCGACGUUUGUCUGAGAAAGUUGUUGUUGCUGUUGAUGUGGAUGAGGUAUUGGGAAACUUUGUGUCGGCUCUCAACAAGUAUAUUGCGGAUCAAUACUCAUCAAAUUAUUCAGUUUCUGAAUAUCAUGUGUAUGAAUUCUUUAAGAUAUGGAACUGUUCACGUGACGAAGCUGAUAUUCGCGUUCACGAGUUUUUUAAGACGCCAUAUUUCAAGUCAGGGAUUCACCCUCUCCCAGGUGCUCAGAUGGCACUUCAAAAGUUAUCGAGAUUUUUUAACCUAUCAGUUGUAACGUCUCGGCAAAACGUAAUUAAGGAUCACACAAUUGAAUGGAUAGAGAAGAAUUUCCCAGGACUGUUUCACGAGAUUCACUUUGGUAAUCACUUUGCGCUUGAUGGAAUAUCAAGACCGAAAUCAGAGAUUUGUAGGUCUUUAAACGCCAAGGUUCUUAUUGACGAUAACCCGCGGUAUGCCAUAGAGUGUGCUGAUGUUGGAAUUAGAGUCCUACUUUUUGACUAUGAAAACUCUUAUCCUUGGUCCAAGAACGAGUUAGUCGAUGAGCAUCCUUUGGUGACCAAAGUUAAGAACUGGAAAGAAGUGGAACAACAAUUGAUGUCACUGAUAGCUUCAUAA